AUGACUGAAAGACAACCUAAAAGUGUCAAGCAUAACAUUCCUCAGGAAGUAGAUGUUAAUAUUGAAUAUGUUGAAGUUGAUUAUCUUGAUGUGGGUGAUUUAAUUGAGCAUCAAAUCAAUGAGUUAAUGGUAAACAAAACAAUCAAUCCGAUUUAUCAAGCCCAUUUGUUGGUGAAUAUGGAUAUAAUACCGAAUAUAAUGACAAAAGACGUUGCUGCUCUUGUUAUCGCUGAAAUAGAAUAUGAUGAUGAUUAUUCGUAA